AUGACGAGUUCAGUUAUGCCUUGUGUAAACCCCUUCCAGGUGUGCCGUGAUGGAGACGAGAGCACCCGCUGUCUGACGCAGCAGUGGCCGUCUUCGACAUCCCUCUUCACGCCGGUAUCUCACCCGUCCUUACAUUCUCUACCUGUACAAAGGGACGUGGACGUUAAACACAGGCCUCAGCAUACGUCUGUGACAGAAAGUGGAUGGAAUACUACACACACGGAGACUUUGCCCAGUGACCAAUAUAACCUGUCAGUACACGAGGACAACAGCAUCCUGCCAUCACCAUCAUCUUCAGUAUCCUCCGACAACGACGAUGAUAUCAAUCUCAGCUUUGACAGUGUGUCAGGAACGUCGACCCUCUCACAACAAAACAGGCAGUUUUCCAACAAGAAGCCUCCCUAUUCCUAUGUGGCCCUCAUCACCAUGGCCGUCGAGAGUUCCACAACAGGCAUGAUGACUCUCAACGACAUCUACAACUACAUCGUCAAGAGAUUUCCUUACUACCAAGACAACCAACGGAGAUGGCAAAACUCCAUCAGACACAACCUCUCCCUCAAUGACUGUUUCGUCAAGGUGCCCCGACCCCCGGGGACACCAGGCAAGGGUAACCUGUGGGCUCUGCAUCCAUCUUGUGGGGACAUGUUCGGUAACGGCAGUUUCCUCCGUCGUUCUAACCGUUUCAAGUCUGCUAAAAAACAACGCCAGGAUGACACCACUCUCUAUCAGGUCAGUCCGAACGGACAGUUUGGUCUUUACGGGGUUCCGCCCCCCUACCCAGGUUUCAACCCCCUAAACCUUGGCCCCUUACCCCAGGGACUGACCCAGACACUUCCCUACAGCACAGCAAACAGGCCUGACCCCAGUAUCUGGACAAUGGGAUCUCCAACAGUCUACUCUCCAACAGCUGGCUACUACAACGCCAGCAGCGUCAACAGCUCUCUGACCGGCUCCCCUCUCUCCAGCUCUCCAUCAGGACCCCAAGUGGUCUACAUACCACAGAUGCCAUGUGCCCAGUCGGACCACACCCACACAACUUACCUGGCUCUACAACAGCACUUCGCACCCAGACAGCACACAGGACAUCUUUACCCAAGCCUCAGCACAGCAUUAGCAAAUGAUCAGUGA